CAACAAGCCCAACAUGAUCUCCGCCAGCGAACCUGCUCAGGGGAGCAGAUACCUAUGUCCCUGAAUCCGAUAGCAUGUCUCCAAAGGACGUGUUCCUCAUCUAUGAGAAGGCGUUCAGGCACGAGGGAGAUACAGACGGCGCCCUGUCAAUCGAAAGCAUACAUUCGACCAGUCACAGCGCAAACCGAUGGGCUCAAGCUCUUGCCAACAAUCGCCACGAGGAAUGCAGCGAAUCUGGCGAUAGGAAGGAUGCAAUGCGCCGAGUCUCUUGGACGAAGACGCAAUGGGGAAAGUUGUUUGCAGAAACUAUUACAACGCCAGGAGCGAAGGAGUUUGCUAUCACUUACUCUGUAGAGCGGAGAGACUUGGAAGGCGACGAAUUGACGGAGAACCAUUAUCCGGAAUCAGCAGUGUCAGCAAUAGAGGAUCACAAAGAAGAUGAAGGUGCCUUUGAGGGCUGGAAAUUCUCGUGGGUUGGGGAAUUGGACGAUAUGGGAGCUCGAGACGAGAUCCGAUACCUUGUCUUUGAUAAUGGAGGAGCCUGGCAGGCCAUCGAGAAGUGUCUACAAGGGAACCUUCCAACAUAUGUUAUUGCGGGGAAGAACGUUCCUCAGUCGCAACAGCAAAUAAUAGACGAGAAGGAUCUUCCAUGCCUCAAUCGUCGAGCGUUCUUAAACAUGGCCAAGGAUCUUGGAUUGCCAAAGCCAGCUCGGGAACAGCGGCCGACGAAUGCUCUGAAGUGUUUCGAGCGAAUGAAUUUCACAGUACUUGGCCGCGUUGAAGAAUCGGCCAAGGCUUUCUCGAAGUCCUUAGCUGAAGCAUUCGGAACCGUACCACAAUGCAAUCAUACCUCCCAGAUGGACUAUGUUGUUCGCCGUGGUGGCGACUCUGCGGUAGAUAUCCAACUUUUCGAAGAAGAAUGUCGAAAGUAUCUGAGAAUCAACGACCCCACUGUCAUCACGACCAGGCAGUUUGCGGAAAUGAUACUGAAGAGGACGUCGAAUAGCUUGCCAGCAGAGAAUCCUAACCUCACUAUAACAAACGAAAGCAUCAAAGAAGCUAAGAUGUGUCUUGAUGGUCUCACAUUUUUGGUUCCUACUAGCGAACCUCCGAUUGAUGGCUUAAAUGUCCAUAGCUAUCUACAGUCAGAAGGUGGUAAGGUCCUCGGAAACAUUCAUAUGAUGGACCUUGUGGAUUACGUUGUCACAGGUACGGCAGGGCUAUCACCUGAGCAUUCAACCAUGGCAGCACAGUAUGGCGUGAGAGUCAUCACCAUAUUAGAACUCCAAGGUCUUGUAGCCCGUCUCAAGGCCUUGAAGAAGGCAAAGGACGGGCUGGGAUUGGCUAUGGGGUAUCUCCCACACCUCCCGCCCAAAACACGAAAACGGAAAUCAGAGUCUACGUCGAUCAGUCAACCUUCAAGAAAGUCUGCGAAGCUAGUUGCUUGAGAUGCAGACCGACAAUGCCAAAUGUCUACUGUGCGCGUGUUUGCUGCAUUAUUACGGCUGUGGCUCCGCAGGGAUUGAAGGGUAACAAUUCAUGGUGUCUCUUACAUGCUAGAUUCAAUGUAUCGAUACUGCUUGUCAUCCUCUGCCAUCAUUUGUACGACAGUCGGAUGCACUAGAGAGGAUGCUCCUGCCAGAGUAUGAGUGCUUAGGUGCAAGUUUUUCACAAUAUUUCGCAGACCUCAGUAACGAGGAACAGAAAUGUAUCUUGGGAGAAAUGCUAGAUUGUCAUAAUUACAGGUAUUGUGCUACAAUCGUGGGAAGUCCCUCAGAUCCCAAUGAUGCCAGCAGCGAGGACGGUUGUUAUUCGCUCGUACGGAAAUCCAUUUACUGCAUUGAGGACUGUGGGGUUUCUUCAAGAGGGCCGUACAUUGCUUGCUUACAAGAGCAAAGGCAGGCCAGGUAUCUUGAGUCCUGUAAAGCGACACAAAUUAGCGAAUCGAUUUUGAGCUUGUCAAAGCCUUUCUUUUGCAAAACACGAAGCCAAUGAUAUUUGAUGCAAAGGUUCAGCAGUAACUCCGAAACCAGAUCACUCUUCAUCGAUGGAUCACGUACUCUCGUCAAAAGAUUGGCUCUGUGUUGAGGAUCUUCAUAUAAAAACUCAUGAAUAGUAUCUUUGAAAGCAUUUGAUAACCCAGGCUGGUUUCGAAUCUGGGUGCCGUAAAGCUUGCCAAGUGGAGCGGCCCCGUGAAUGGUGUGGCCGGGGGUGUAUGGCAGAUGGGCUUCUGGCGGUCCCAGGUUGAAGCAUGCUGAUCUAAUUAACGUUCAGCAUUCUGGUUUCGGGUCACUGAAGUUCUGUGUAGUGCAUAUUGAAGAUAGAGGCAAUCAUACUCAUACAUAAUCGGUCCGAUUUGCCAUAUGUUAUUGUGUGACCCAAAUUUACCACAGAUAUUCGAGACCUGAAAAUCGUUGUUGUUCCAUCCGGGG